AUGUCUGGGGUCAACUGCUCCAGCCUGACCCCGGGAUUCUUCAUCUUGAAUGGCAUUCCUGGGUUGGAAGCUGCACACAUCUGGAUCUCCCUGCCAUUCUGCUUCAUGUAUGUCAUCGCUGUCAUAGGGAACUGUGGGCUCAUCUACCUCAUCAGACAUGAAGAAGCUCUGCAUCGGCCCAUGUACUACUUCCUGGCCCUGCUCUCAUUCACUGACGUCACUCUGUGCACCUCAACUGUACCAAAUAUGCUAUGUAUAUUCUGGUUCAACCUCAAAGAGAUUGACUUCAAUGCCUGCCUAGUCCAGAUGUUUUUUGUCCACAUGUUGACUGGGAUGGAGUCUGGGGUGCUUAUGCUCAUGGCCCUGGACCGCUAUGUGGCCAUCUGCUAUCCCUUACGCUAUGCCACCAUCCUCACCAACCCUGUCAUUGCCAAGGCUGGUCUUGCCACCUUCCUGAGGAGUGUGAUGCUCAUCAUGCCAUUCACCUUCCUCACCAAGCGCUUGCCCUACUGCCAGAACAACUUCAUCCCUCACACCUACUGUGACCACAUGUCUGUGGCUAAAGUAUCCUGCGGCAAUUUCAAGGUUAAUGCUAUUUAUGGCUUAAUGGUUGCUCUUCUGAUUGGUGUGUUUGACAUCUGCUGUAUCUCAGUGUCUUACACAAUGAUCUUGAGGGCUGUCGUGAGCUUGUCAUCUGCAGAUGCUCGUCACAAAGCCUUCAGCACCUGCACCUCUCAUAUCUGUGCCAUCGUGAUUACCUAUGUCCCAGCCUUUUUCACUUUUUUCACUCACCGUUUUGGGGGACACAUUAUCCCACACCACAUCCACAUCAUUGUGGCCAACCUUUAUCUGCUCUUACCUCCUACAAUGAACCCAAUUGUUUAUGGAGUAAAGACCAAGCAGAUCCGGGAAGGUGUGAUCAGAUUUUUAUUUGGAGAUAAGACUGUCUAUACAUAA